AUGAUAGUUGUUGCAUCAACUGCUGAAAUUGUUUCAACAACUGCUGAAGUUAUUGUAGCAACUACGAUAGUUGUUGCGAUAAUUGUUGCAACAACUAUCGUAAUUGCGACAGAAAGUGAAAGAGCGGGUGAUUAUGACGGCAAAAGAGGUGUUGGUAACAAGAAAGGUGGAGGUGGUGGUUGUUGUAGCGGCGACACUAAAGGAGAAGGAGGUGGCAAUGGUGGUGGUAGAGGAGGAGAAAGUUGUGGUGGUGGUGGAGGAGGAAGAACUGAUAGUUAUGGUGAAGGAGAAAGUAGUGAGGUGGUGGAGGAGGAAAAAGAGGAGAAAAUGGUGUUGAUGGAGGAAGAAGAGGAAGAAUUAGUGGUGGUAGAGGUAGUGACGACGACGGUGACGACGACAAAAGGGAAGGAAAUCGUGGCGGCAGAAGCGUGGGUGGGUGAGUGGACCUUUGUGUAA